CGUUUCCGAGACCUGAAUGUAUGUCUAAUAAUUACGUCUUGGCCCUUUACUCCCAAAGCCGCUUCGAUUUGUUGUCUGGGCGUGUCAGCGACGUCCAGCAAUCGCCCGUCGAUUCAAUCACUUCCCCGAGGACGAGAACGACCCGGUCGAUUCGAUUCUGGGAAACGAAGCACGCGACUCGAACGCGCGGUCGCGUGGCACGGGACGGUCGUUCAGAGGGAUUCAAUCAUCUCAGCGACAAGUAGCAUUCUUUUCUCCCAUCUCCAGACCCGAUAGUCACGACUGCACUGCAAUUGCGACGGCGGCAACGGCGGCGACGACGGAGACGACGUCAUCCGGCACGGCUGUAUUGGAGAACCCGACUCGACCACAACCACCAUGGCUACCUUCACGGGAAGCUCCCAUAUCAAGGGGAGCACAGAAACCGUUCGGAUGGUCCUCUUGACCUUUGCUGCUAUUGGUAUCUCCUUCACAUGGGGGAUUGAGAUGACCUACUUCACGCCGUACCUCCUUAACCUCGGCCUCACCAAGAGCAACACAGCUCUCGUAUGGAUAGCAGGCCCCUUGUCGGGUCUCAUUACGCAGCCCGUCAUCGGCUCCAUCGCCGACCAGUACAAGUCGAAAUGGGGCCGCCGGCGGCCCUUCAUCUUCAUGGGUUCCAUCGUCGUCACCAUCAGUUUCCUCGUCGUCGGCUUCACCAAGGAGAUUACCGAUCACUUCGCAACCGAUGAGGAGACAAGUCAGACCCUGGCCAUUGUACUCGCCGUGCUGGCCAUCUACGUUGCCGACUUUGCCAUCAACGCUGACGAGGGUCCCGCUGCGGUUACUUAUCAGAUAUCCUUAGUCAUGUCCUGCUCGAGAAGCUUGGUGGUCGACACAUUACCCAUCGAGAAGCAACAAGCUGGCGCCGCAUGGUCUAGCAGGAUGGCUGCUGUUGGGAACAUGUUGGCAUACGGAGCUGGCGCUGUCAACCUCGUCGGCAUCUUUGGCGAGUGGCUUGGCGACACCCAGUUCAAGCAAAUCACCCUGAUCGCGAGCUUCUUCAACGUCUUCUCCGCUUGCAUCACGUGCUGGGCUGUUACCGAGCGUGUAUUGGUGUCCACCAAGGGCGACCAAGGUCACCGCGGAGGGCCGUUCAAGUUCAUCAGCCAGAUCUACUCGACGAUUCGAACGCUUCCACCCAGGAUACGAGCGAUCUGCUGGGCGCAGUUCUGGGCCUGGCUGGGCUGGUUCCCCCUCCUCUUCUACAGCACCACGUGGGUAGGCGAGACAUAUUUCCGCUACGACGUGCCCGCCGAUGCCCUAGAUUCGCAUGACGUGCUCGGCGACAUCGGCCGCAUUGGAAGCACCUCCCUGACCAUCUUCUCCAUCAUCACUUUCCUGGCGUCUUGGCUCCUCCCCCUGGUCGUGCAAUCACCCGAGGACGGCUCCUUUACCCCGCGUCCCGCUCCACAUGUAGCCUCUCUUGUGAAGACCCUCGGCAAGCGCAAGCCCGACCUCCUCACCGCUUGGGUAUGCGGCCACCUCCUCUUCGCCGUGGCCAUGAUGUGCGCACCGUUGGCCAAGAGCCUCCGCUUCGCCACCUUCCUCGUCGCUCUCUGCGGCCUCCCGUGGGCGCUCGCGACCUGGGCCCCCGUCACCUUCCUCGGCGUCGAGGUCAGCCGGCUCAGCGGCGCCAGCUCGGGCGACGGCGCACUUUACCGCCGCGUCUCCUACCCUAGCCGCGGACCGUCUGUCGAGCUGCCCGCGCUUGGCCAGGCACAGGCCCUCGACUUGGAGAACGCACGUGAUGACGAUGACCAUGACCAUGACGACAACGACGACGACGACGACGGCACUGACGAUGCCCGCGGCCUCGGCUCAUCGUCGUCGGGCGAGCUGUCUGGUAUCUACUUUGGCAUCCUCAACAUCUUCUCCACCAUCCCGCAGUUUAUCGGCACCUUUGUCGGCGCCAUCAUCUUCUCCAUUCUCGAACCGGGCAAGAGCCCGGAGCUCACCGAGGACGGGAUUUCGGCCGAGGAGCUCCACAAGGACGGUCCGAACGCCAUCGCCGUCUGCCUCUUUUUGGGCGGCCUCUGUGCUAUUGGAGCGGCGUACAUGACGAGGAGGUUGAAAUAUAUCCCUUGAACUCUACACCCCGGAAGAAGAAACAACGAGAUACGCAAAAGCAUUCAUUUUUUUUUAUCUCCCCACCCCCUUCUUACAAAAAGCGGAGCGUGUGUCACAAUAGUAAUAAAGCAGCAGAGGGCAUACUCAACAGGCGUCUUGGCGUACGGCAGAGUGGGAGCGGGUUUCUUGUACGGAUUUUUCAACGCGUCAAGAAGGGUCUUGGUGCAGAAACUAGGACUUGGACAGGAUCAAGGGCAUUUAUAAGGAGGGCAAUCAUAAUUGGUUAUUGUAGACCCUGUCGAAGGAAGUAUGGUCUCUAAAGUGUCCCCGCAAUCGCAUCGCAUCAUAUGUGUAUCCGUACU